AUGCCGAGGCAGCAGCAGCAGCAGCAGCAGCAGCAGCGAGCACCUGAUGGCGGCGACCACAGCAGCAGCGACCACUGGGAACCAGAGACCUGGCAGCUGAGGCUGCAUCAGCAGAAGUACAAACGAUUGGGAUGUGGUGUAUGGGAGGGCGAGGCAGUAGCAGCAACAGCAGCAGCAGCAGCAGCAGCUAGCACUGGGAGCCAGAGAACUGGAUGGCUGAGGCAGCAGCAGGAGAAGCACCGACAACUGGGAUGCAGUGACCGGGAGUCCGAGGCAACAGCAGCAGCGAGCAUUGGGAACCGGAGGCCUGGCGGCUUUGGCAGCAGACGCACUGACGACUGGGAUGCGAGGCAGCAGCAGCAGAAGCACCAACGACUGAGAUGCAGCAAGCGGGAGGCUGAGGCAGCAGCAGCAGCAGCAGCAGCGAGCACUAGGAGGCGGGGACCAGGCGACGGAGGCAGCAGCAACAGCAGCGAGCACCUGGUGGCGGCGACCAAGCGGCGGAGGCAGCAGCAGCAGCAGCAGCGAGCCCCGGGAGGCGGAGACCAGGUGCCUGAGGCAGCAGCAGCAGAAGCACCGAUGACUGGGAUACGGUGCCCAGGAGGCCGAGGCAGCGGCAGCAGCGAGCACUGGGAACCGGAUACCUGGCGGCUGAGGCAGCAGCAGCAGAAGCACCGACGACUGGGAUGCGGCGAACGGGAGGCCGAGGCAGCAGCAACAGCAGCAGCGCGCCCUGGGAGGCAGAAAUCAGGCCGAGGCAGCAGCAGCAGCGAGCCCUGGGACGCGGAGAUCAGGUGGAAGAGGCAGCAGCAGCAGCAGAAGCGAGCCCUGGGCAGCGGAGACCAGCUGAGGCAGCAGCAGCAGAAGCACCGACGAGUGGGAUGCGGCAACCAGGAGGCAGAGGCAGCAAAAACAGUGAGCCGUGGGAGGCGGAGACCAGGUGGCAGUGGCAGCAGCAGCAGAAGCACUGACGACUGGGAUGCGGCGACCAGGAUUCCGAUGCAGCAGCAGCAGCAGCAGCAGCAACGAGCCCGGAGAGGUAGAGACCAGGUGGCAGACGCAGCAGCAUCAGAAGCACCGGCGACUGGGAUGCAGCGACCGGGAGGCCGAGUCAGCAGCAGCAGCUGGCACUGGGAAUGGGAGACCUGGCGGCUGAGGCUGCAGCAUCAGAAGCACCGACGACUGGGAUGUGGCGAUUGGGAGGCCGAGGCAGCAGCAGCAGCACCAGCAGUGAGCACUGGAACCGGAGACCUGGCGGCUGCGACAGCAGCAGCAGAAGCACCAACGACUGGGAUGCGGUGA